AUGUUUUUACGCGUGCGCGACGUGCUCGGCAAAGGUAAAGGAAUCUUCGCGACUCAACCCAUCCUCAAGGGCACUUGCAUACUGUCCGAAAUCCCCAUCCUCACUGUACCUGCAUCGCCUUCUCUGCAAGACAUAGAGAAUCUCUGCCUCCAAGUCGCGAAUCUUCCAGACGAGCAGCGGCAAGCCUUUGAAGCACUGUCCAGUUGUCAUCCUUAUGACAGCGUUUUCACCCAAUAUCUGAAUAUCGUGCGUACCAACUCUUUCAGCGUACGAGAUGGGGCAGGUGGCAUUUGUCUCAAUGCGAGUCGCAUCAACCACGCUUGCAAUUCCAAUGCGCAGCACACCUGGAACGACAGCUUGGGCAAGGUCACUGUAUACGCGCUCAGGGAUGUCGCCGAGAACGAAGAGAUUACGACCAAUUACAUGGGGCGCGGGCGUACACGUCAAGAGCGGCAAGCGUAUCUCCAGAAGAUAUACAAGUUUGACUGCGCUUGUGAGCUGUGCUCUCUUCCAGCAGCGUUAAACGAAGCCGCCGAUCAAAAGAUACUGCGAGCUCGUAAGCUCUGGUCGUACUUUCAGAUGGGGGACGGACACACCCGCCACUUGGCCAAUCCCCUGCAACGUCUAAGGCGGUUAGAAGAGGUAGCUCGGCAUUGGGCUGAGUUGGGUUCCAGUACCCAAAUACACGAUACUAAUCUGGAAGCUGCCGCGUUGGCCCUUUCACAUAGCGACGUUGCUCGUGGCAACAUCUUCUUCGGGAGAGCAUAUGCCUCUUACGUCCUUGCACAUGGCGACAACGACCCGACGGCGCGAGAUCUCCGAGCCCGUUCAGAAGUCCUCACGAGAUCUGCUUGUUACGGCCAGUCAACGAGAUGGCAGACUAGCAGAGACGAUGUCCCUCGCGACGACAUCCCAGGCCUUCUUGAAACGUGGUUAUGGAAGAAGGAGGAAGAUCUGCCAAAGACCAGUCUUUUCGCAGAUCUCCAGGACCGCAGUACUUUCCUCGGUAUCGGUGGCUUGCCCACUGAGGGACGGUUUGAUCUGGAAUACCAUCAGGACGCAUCCACCGGUCAAUCCAACCCCAAGCGCCACUGGUGCUUCAUGGGAGAGAUUAAGGACAAGGUGACUUUAAAAGGACAAUUGCAGCUUAUGGUCAAAGAUAUCGACGACCAUGUCACGGGCAUUUUCUUCCACGAUCGUAAUAAGGGCGCAAAGGUCUCACAAUUCUUUAACAAGAACGAAACAGUGGUGGUCUUGUAUGCGCAGCGCGGAGAGUCUGACGUAAGACCUGUUGUGAAGGUUAGAGGUACCAGCGUCAUCAAGAUUUGCCAGAUGACCGGGUGGAAGGACAAAAAUCACAAGAUCGAUUGUAAGAUGCUGAAGAAUGCUGAUGUGCGUGUUCUGUUCACAUUCAAGUGGCAUGAUUUCAAGGUUCCUGUCCGCUUCCCGCUCUCUUCGCUAGACGACAAGGUUGAGAGACUUGCCGACAAGGCUGGAAAUAUGGCUGUUUAG